ACAGUCAGGGGUCUGUAUGACCACAGGAAGAGCAGUGGCUCUAACUGCUGCAGAUCCCUAGUAGGGGAAGAUGGAGAUCUCACAGCAAGCUGGAUGGUGCAAGAAGCCUGCAUCACCCAUGAACACAAGAGCUGCCUUGGAAGCGGUCAGGAACACCGCAUGGACUAUUGUUCUGCUCACCAGCGCUGCAGUCAUGGGAGCUUCAGGAAUUAGCAGAGUAUCAGCAAACCUGGGUCACAGCACUGUGAUGACCUGCCCUAACAGAACAAAUAUAAGUAUGGUAACAUGGAAAAUAAACCCCAAGACUGGACACCAAUGCACCUUGGCAUACCUGAUUGAUAAGGACUCGACAGGAAAAAACAGCUGCAGUGACAGAAUAAACUGGAGAUCCAGACCAGACUGGGAUCAGGCACUUGAGAUACAGCAAGUAGGAAAGGCUGAUGAGGGAAAUUACACCUGCGAAGUGGUAAAUGCAGAUGGGAAUUUCCACUACCUGUAUCACCUGACUGUGCUAGUUGCCCCAAGAAUGGCUCUGUACUGCGAUGACCAUGGGAACCCUGUGUGUGAGGCAGAGACAGUGAAGCCGGCUGCUGAGAUCUCGUGGGUCCCAGAGAGCAACUCCACACCCAGAGCAGACAGUCACGGUAACGGGACAGUGACUGUUGUCAGCAGGUUUGCAGCACGCAGCACCAACGGGAAGAAUCCUACCUGCAUUGUGUCCCACGCAACUCUGAACGAGACCAGGUCCAUAAACUGCUCCUCACGUACCUUAGCACAGCUGCCAGGAGGAUCUGCUCCAUGAUCUUCCCCUGCACAGAGGUAUUUCCUCACUCUCAUCUGCAGCAACAAAAGAAUCAACGGCUUACAUAGAAAAAGUGAAAAAUGAGAAACAGCACAAGAAGCAUUUCAUGUGUAUGGAAGAAUGAGUUUACUUUUCUUGGACAGAGGUGAAUCUCUGCAGCAGUCUAAAUGCAGCAGUCUACAUUUUAAUUAAAUGUUUUCAUUUAAAUAUUUUAAAAUAAACUUAAAACAACAAUGACCAACCAUUAUGCUAUACCUCAUUCAAGUAAUUACAUUAGAUAAAAGUCACAUAGUACUGCAGACUUUCUCCUCAAGCUUUACAGGAAGUAGAACUUCAAAAAUACUUCUGCAAAUACAAACCUCACUCCCCUGAACAAAUUAGCUUUCACUCUGUGCUGAAUAAGAUAUUUCUUUCCAUCCUAAAACAUCUUUCUGAAAGAGGGAAGUGUUAUCUGCUUUGGCUGCAAGGCAGGGAUGACUGGCCAACUCGUGUUCUCCUUUUUUUAAUCUACUGAAGUUACCCACAGGUUAAAUGUACAUCAUCAAAACUAUAUAGUCUUAUAGACUGGACAAUGAGGAAAAACUGAUAAGGAUUAUCCGAUGCUGUUUUGAAACAUCUGGGAAAGAAAUAAAGCAAUAGCUCAGUUUGCUGUGCAUUCUAGAUUAACCUGUGGGAUGGAAAAGAGAAAAAGGGACAGUUUUCUUCUCUAGAGAAAAUGGAACACUUAUCUCUUUCUGCCAGAGUAGCUGAAAAAGUUGGGUGGACUGUAGGUAAAUUUAUUGGGAGAACCAUACAACACAAACAAGAUAUUCCUUGUAAAGUCACUUCUGAUCUGCCAGUAUUUCUGGUGAAAGAAGAUCUUACAAUAUGUUUAUCAGCACAAGACAUCAGCCAGGGAGAAAAGCAGGCUGGUGGAUUUGCAUAAGAAUUAUUUCCCUUGAUGGUAUGGGUGACCCACUUUAUUAGGCAAAAGAUCUAAUCUGAAUGUGGAAACCUUAUUUGUAUUUGGUGAUUUGGACCACAACAGUGUAUCAACAGAAUGAUCUUUUGGGAAGAAAACUGCUGUACUCCUGCGGCACAUUUACUGACAGAAAUGACAUUCAUUAGUAAACUGCUUUUGGAGCGUAUAGCUUAUCAGGAAAACCAGACACUCUUUACAGAGCUCCAGUUAGAAGGUGCCAUUGUAAUCAAAGGGCUCAAGGUUUUGAAAACCAUCCCCAAAUGGAAAGCUUAAUACCCUUCUUUUGGCUCAUCAAAACUAGAGUUGCAUUUCCUGGAUUUUAGUGCUGUUUCAUUCUACAUCAUGAUUUCAGCGUUUUCUUCCCAAAUAGCUUCUACAGCAGUUUCUAAAGAAAGAACAGAGCAGUGUGAGGCAACGUGUCAUUGCUACUGCUCAAGUCAUCCUUUCUGAGCUUCCACCUCACUGCCUUAUUUGCACUGCGCUGGAGACAUGCAGAUUUCACAUCAUCACUUUUAUUCAUCAAUAUGUAGAUUAGAACUUCUGAGCUGAUUAAAACGUAAAAACAAACUUAUUGCAGCUACCAGAAUGAUACUGUCUUGUACUUCUUUUUUCUUUUUUUCAUCUGAAAUGUUCUCAGUAGUACUAAAUUCCCAAAUUAAAUCAUAUUUAGAGUUCCACCCCAUCUUCUGUGCCAGACAGGCCUUGUUGAUACAGGUGCAACAAGCAGGGUUGAUUCCUAUCCAUAUAUUGGCACCAGAAAAAGAUGAACUGUUUAGGUUAGCAAGUCUACUCACCUGAGAGAACUUGUUCUCAGCUUCCAACACAUGCACCUGCAACACAACAUCAGCAUCAUAUGUAUAUAAUGCACGUAGCCUGGCUAAUUGGGCCUUUCUGCUGACACAAGCUGUUUUUACAGUCCACUGGCAAAAACUGAAGGUCACAGAAUCUACCAGUGGCAAAGUUGGAAGAGAUAUCUAUACCUCCAGCCUGUCCUGAUCCCCUACAUAUCAACCCUCUUCCGUUCCUCAAAAAGUGGCAAGAACAGCACCAUGAAACUAGGAAAAUCCAUCCUGUACACUAAGAACAUUAUCAGGAAAAAUCAUUCAAUACAUAAAUAAACCGGGCUUUCUGAAGUUAUUUUAUUAUGAAGAGAUUCAUUAGACUCUGCUACAUCUUGAUUAAACCAAUUAUAACUGAAUUAUUUUGCACCCAAAAUGACUGUCACAGAUUAGAUUUAGCUAACAAAUAGCCUACGUAGCUGCUCACUUACUCCCCUCACCCUGAGUGGGACAGGGGAAGAAAACAGAAGAACAGGAAGGAGAAAUCUCAUGAGUCAAGAAAGAAACAAGAAGAUUUCUUAUGAAUUACUGUCAUGGGCAAAACAGGCUCGACUUGGGAAAACUAUUUUCAAUUACUAAAAACAUGUGGUUAGUAGGAAACAGGAAGAAAAUAUUAAAAGAACAUUUCUCCCCACUUUCCUAUCCUCAACUUAAUUGCUGACCCCUCAGCCCCCCUAGAGGCAGAGAAGGGAUAUGGACUGCAGUCAGUAAACAGCAGUGUCUCUGCAUUUUGGACACACCUGAUCUUCUGUAGCCUUAGGGAAAUUAUGAGUUUCUUUUUUUAAUAUAGUCUCCUUUUCCCACUUACAGCUCCCUGGUUUUGUUUUGUUUUGCUUUGCUUUGCUGGAAAAACAAAGAAUAGCACAGAGUGUCCUAAAGCUGAGAACACAUAACUUCUCUUAAUCAUCUGCAGAUUAGAUUCAUCACUGCUAACCCAUUUACUACCAUGUUUAAGACUGAUCCUGAGAGGA